CAAAAAGCCAAAUAUUUUCGACAAUAUUCUAAAUCAACUUACACGCUGAAUCAUCUUCAUCAUCAUGUCUUCUAGAGGUCGAAAGAAAUCAUCUGUUCAUCAAAAACUCCAACAGCUUUGUUCCGUCACCAACUCUACUGCUGUAAACAAGACCUCAAUCAUCGUAGAUGCUACGAGAUAUAUCGGUGAGUUGAAAGAUAAAGUGGAUAAACUGAGCCAAGAAACUAGAACCACUUCACCAGCUUCGACUUCCCAGACUCCUAUGCCGAUGGUUACAGUGGAAACCCUAGACAAGGGUUUCCUUAUUAAUGUGCUGUUAGAAAAGAAUUGCCCUGGUUUGCUUGUUUCUGUAUUGGAAACCUUCGAAGAGCUCGGCCUUGACGUGCUCGAAGCUAGGGUUUCUUGUGAAGAAACUUUCAAACUAGAAGCCAUUGGAGGAGAAAAUGAAGGUAAUGCGGAAGGCAUCGAUGCUCAAAUGGUGAAGCAAGCAAUGAUGCAGGCUAUAAGGAAAUGGGAUGAAAAUAGACAGCAGGAGGACUAGGAUUUUCCCUGCUUGCGAGACCAGA